AUGGCCGUUGAUGAAACGAAAUUGCCUCUCUCGGCGACUGGUAAAGCAUCUCAGCACCAAUCAAAGGAAGAUGGCGAUAUUACAGAGGAUUUAGUUCAAAUGGAACUAGUACAGCCUAUUAUUGGACUUACGAAAGAACAGCUGAAAAAGUAUCAGAACGAUCCGUUCUGGAAGUCUUUAAGGUUAUUUAUGUUUGUUUUAUUCUGGCUGAUUUGGAUAGCGAUGUUUGUCGGAGCUGUUCUUAUUGUGGUGCUCAGUCCGAAAUGUGUUCCAAAAGCUGAACAUGAAUGGUGGCGUACAAAGAUCAGCUAUCAGAUAUUCACUCCAUCUUUCCGAGAUUCAAGCGGGGAUGGUGUUGGCGACUUCAAAGGAAUAGCAGAAAAGUUGGAAGAGAUUCGCAAAAUUGGAAUUCAAAAUGUUUGGGCAACUCCUGUCAUAACUACAGACAAGGACGACUUUGAGCCAUUUGAUGUAGUGGACUUUGACCAAACCGAUGAACGUUAUGGUACCAUGGAGGAUUUUAAGAACCUUAUAAAACAAGUUCAUCGCAAAAACAUGCACUUUGUCAUGGAUUUUCCCAUUUCUACGACGUCACGGAAACACGCUUGGUUUGUUAAAGCGUCGGGAGGUGAUGAAGAGUAUAAGAACUUUUACAUUUGGAAGAAUAGUGAUUUGGUUAAGGGAGAUCCAAGUUUCGAAAUAUUAGAUGGUUCCAACGAGUCGUUUAUGGUUUAUGAACGAAAGAACCCCGUCUUAAAUUGGCUUAAUGAUAAAGUCAGAACAAUCGUUACAGAUGCGGCCAAAAAGUAUUUGGAUUUGGGGGUGGACGGCUUCCACAUUGGUUAUGUAAACCAACUGGGGAAAGAUAAUAUCACUGUUUCAAAUCUGCAAGCUUUUCAGGCAAAAGAAGCGUUGAAGGCUCUUGAAUUCUUUAAGACACAAUUGGAGGUUUAUGCUAGUGCUUCUGAGAAACUGAAAGGCAAAAAAAUUGUCGUUUUUGCUUCUCUGGAUGACAUAACUCAAUUAAAGGGUUAUGAAAGUUAUCAGGUAGAGGAUCUUAAUAUCACAAGCAUUGAAUAUCUCUUGGAUGGCUCUGGCAAAACACUCAAUAUGAAGACUUGUGAGGAGGGCAUUCCAAAGUGCGUGUAUAAAAUGCUGAACCAGUCUCUUAGACGUUUCCAAAUAAGCGACAGGCCAGUCGCAUGGCAGUUUUCGGACUACCGCGUUUCGAGACUAAACUCUCGUUUUAAUGAUUCACUAGGUGACUUGAUGACUUUUUUGCAAUUAACCUUGCCCGGUGCUGUAGAAAUUUAUUAUGGUCAAGAAAUUGGUAUGAAAGAUGCUGAGAAAACUACUAGAAGGUAUACUGGUUUGAUGCAGUGGGAUGCAAGUGAGAAAGCGGGUUUUACCGCAGAAACUGAUUUGGACCUAUUUUUUGGAUUAACAGCAGACUGGCAAACUGUAAACUAUAAGGUUGAGUAUGGGAAAAAACACUCUCCUCUUAAGGUUUUUAAAAUCUUAGCUAAGUUGCGUCAAAUGGAUGAGGCACUUUUACUUGGAGAGAUGAAUUUGGGUGACUUGAAGGAUGGUGUGGUCAAGUUCAACAGAAGGCAGAGUGAAAUGCCGACAAGCUCCGUUUAUCUAGUAGCUGCUAACUUCGGGGACUCUGAAAGUGAUGCUGGGCUGACAUCUGUUGUACCACUCGAUGCCACCAGCAAGAGGGCCGAAGUGAUUGUUACAACUGCGGGAUUUGACAUUUACGCGGCAAAGCAAGUACUGGAUCUUGAUACAGUUGAACUCAAGUUGCCAGCGCAUCAUGGGAUCUUGAUGAAGAUGAUUUGA